AUGUCGGAGCCCUGCACAAAGCACCAGGAGAACAAGGGCCAACCAUCCCACAACAAGAUCCACGGUCUAGGACCCCCACUCCCGAAACUACCAAUAGGCCUAGCUUCAAUCCCGAUCCCCGAUCCACCACGAGAUAGUAGCCGACCCACAUCCGGACAACCGAGGCCAGACCUCACCCCACACACCCCAACCCAGGACCCUGCCAUCACCACUGGACUAGGCCCGGAAGUGUCCGUAUCCCCGACUUGCACACCAGAAGAUCGGAGAAAACGGGGAGAUCGAGCCUCGCUCCUCACCCUAGGACGACUCACCACCACUGACGGUAAACAGCCAGAACCACUCCCCACUCUAAUAAGGCACCACCAGCCAACACAUCCACACCACCGGAGAGGCCGCAAGACCCCAUCACGAACGGCAACCAAAGAUCGGCGAAGACCGUCCGCCAAGCCUCCUCUAGCCAUCGAUGGAGCGAAAUGCGCGGAGACACCACAAAAUCGAGGUGGGGGAGUGCAACCAAGGGUCAUCCGCCGGCAGGAGCGCCGGCUAUUCGCCAGGGAAGGCGAGGAGAGCAUAGAGACAACGAAGGAUGAGCGACGAUUUAGGGAUAAAGACAAUUACAAUUCGCGAAACUCAGAUAAUGUGCAAGAAGAAGAAGAAGAAGAAGAGGCAGAUAAGGAACAAUGCAGUCCUGUAUCAGUAUUGGACAACACCCCAUAUGAAGACGACGAGGAACAUGAAAAUCGAGACACGGACGAUUAUAUGAUGAAAUGCAGUUACGAAAAUGUCCAAAGGGCCAGGCAGCAACUUUUGUACAGGCUCCAAAGAUUUGAGAAACUCGCGGAAUUGGACACAACCGAACUGGAGAGAGAUGUUCUACAAGGAUCGGACGAUGAGGACGGUGAUGAGCAACUGCCAAUGUACGAAAAGCAGAGUACUGUAGAAAACAUAUUGACACAAGUUUUUGACCAGUCAAACCUUGGCUACAACUCUAGGAACGUGUCGCCCGACAUGAAGAGGCUCGUGCACGAUUUAAUAGUCGAGGAGAAUGGCGAAGUUGCUUUCGCGGAAAAUAAUGAGGUCUUGAUUAGCCGAAUUUGUCGAAUAUUGGAUUCGUGGAGAGAGGUCGAGCCAAACACUAUUGACAUGAUGGUUGGGUUCGAUUUCAAGGGAGAGUUUGGUCGGUGGACGAAAUUUGACGAGCAAUUGGGAGAUGUAUCGACCGAGAUUGAGCUCGCGAUUUAUGGCUUGUUGGUGGAGGAAAUUUCGGACGAGCUCGUUAACAUGGACGGAAAAUGUUUGCAAUUUUAAUCGGUUGUUGCUAAUUUUAUUUUAUUUUUUUUUUUGGUCGGGGGAUAGAUUAAUUAGUUCAUGUAGAGUAGUCAUCUCCAUGUAUGGGGAAGAUGGUGUAUGUUAGCUAACUCAGCUUCUAAUUGUCUUGAGCAAAUAAGAUCAAUAAUGGUGUGUGAGCCUGAAUUCAUUGUCCUUCUAUUUUUAGCAUUCAAUUUAUUACUUUCAGGUACAAA